GCGGGGAACAGAGGCAUGGCUGGGAUCUGGAGUCUGGUUGUGUGUUUGGGAGUUGUGUGUUUUGCUUUGCCUGGUUCGACUCAGGAUUCAGCCAAGACAUUGUAUCUGAUCUCAAGUCCAGAGGUGAUGCAUGCUGGGAUGCCCACUCCACUGGCUGUCACCGUUUUUGCAGACUUUCCUGGCAGGGUGACGGCUGAAUUGGCACAUGGCGACACCAGAGUUGCCCAAACAGAGGACUUCCAAGGAGGUUUGACCAGGGUCCUCUCACUCCCUCCUAUUCCCGGGUCUAUAACCCAGAAUUCCCUCUUAAACUUGACGGUCAGAGGCUACAGGGGCAACAGCCUCAUUUUCACCAACGCCACCACCCUCAGUUUCAACCUCAAGAAUGUCUCCACCUUCACCCAAACUGACAGAUCACUCUACCAGCCAGGUGAUACCGUCAGAGUCAGAACUGUGUCUGUCCAGUUGGAUAACCGUCCAUACAAAGGCAGAGUGGAGAUCUCUGUACAGGAUCCCGGUGGGAACGUUGUCGACAGGUGGGAGUCCACAGGGAAUCUGGGGAUUGUGUUGCAGGAAUUCACUUUAUCCCAGACAGCUCCUCUUGGACAGUGGGCGAUCACAACAACAGUGAAUGGCAUGACAGUGGAGAAAAAAAUCACUGUGGAGCAUCGUGAGCGUCCUCGUUUUGAAGUGCUGCUCAAGACACCUUUACAGGUACUUGUUGGAGAUGACAUCUCUGGAUCAGUGAGAGCACUUUACCCCAGUGGACAACCUGUACAGGGCACAUUAGCUGUCUCAGUCACUCUGGCCCCUGAUGUGCAUAAUGCAACCUCUCCACACAUGCUGACACAAUCCAAAAAGAUCUAUGGGUCAACACAGUUUUUCUUCAGCAAAAAUCAACUUCAAACCCUACACGCUUCAUCAGGAGUUAGCAGCGGUAUCCGUGUACAUGCCACUGCCUGUGUUACCAGCAACUCGACCGGAUUUAAAGUGAACAAAACAGUUGAAGUCCACCUUAUGCAGAACACAUACCAGCUUACGUUCCAUGAUUUUCCACCUUUACUUAAACCGUCUUUACACUUCUAUACAAAACUCAGGAUCUCCAGAUAUGACAAAAAGCCUCUGAGCUCAGAGGAUCUAACAUACUCUGCUGUGGUUGAGGUCACUCAGACAAAGUCCACGAUGAAUAUUGAACCAGUAACUCUGAGAGUUCCAGUGCCCGAGGACGGGAACGUUCACAUUAAGUUCAAAUUACAGGAUCAAGUAGAGAUGCUUUUUAUUCGGGCCAGAUUCCAAUCGAGUGAGGAGACUCUGAGGGUUUACAACAACUACUCCUCCCCUAGUAGCUCAUAUGUGCAGAUCUCCCCAAUCAGUACCUUGCCUGCACAGGUUGGAUUGCCUCUUCAAAUAGAUGUGGAGAGCACCUUUAAACCAGCUGCGGUUCACUUUGUGGUGAGCUCUAGAGGUCAAGUGGUAGCCGCUGGUACAAAGAAUUCCUCCUCUUUUUCUCUGACCCCAUCCCUGUCCUGGUCCCCCGAGGCCUGUGUCACCGUCUACUGCAUCCUUUCUGACGGAGAGGUCACCAGUGACACAGCGCACAUACCCAUCAACCAACACAGCUAUGUAUCUCUAAACUGGAGCAGUGAUGAGGCUCAGCCAGGUGAGCAGGUAUCACUCACUGUGACUACACUUGAACCCAGGUCCCAGGUAGGAAUUGUGGUAAUGGGGACACAUGAUGACGGCACUCAAGAGGAUGGCCAGGACUUAAAAAUGAAGCAGGAAUGUAACAUGAAGAUGCUGACCAAUGCCAGAUUGUAUAAGAAAACCCAGUAUGAUGGACCUAAAAAUGGAGAUGUCCUGUUGGUGGAGAAGUAUUGGAGCCGCUGGAUGGCUGCAUCUGAAACUUUGCUGUGGGUAGACACUAAUGUUAGUGAUAAAACAUGGACGAGUGGGAAAAUAUCAGUGCCAGACGGCAUUAAUUCUCUGGGAGCUGUAGCUCUGGUAAUGUCAGACAACCUGGGUUUGGGCUUCACUCCUAUGCCAUUAAAGUUGACUGUGUCCAAAGAUUUCUCCUUGUCUCUGAAUGUCCCAUCACACCUCAUCAGGGGAGAGGAGAUUGUGCUAGAGGUGAACAUCAUCAACCAUUUAGAGCGGGACAUAGAGGUCAUUGUGCUGCUUGCACAGAGCAAGGCCUUUGAGUUUGUUUUGGGAGACAAACGGGAUGUCUCUGUGGUAAAUGCCCAGAAAAUAAUCUUAGGGAGUCACGUCUCCGCCUCAGUCCUGUUCCCCAUAAGGCCCAUAGCUCUGGGUGAGAUUGAAAUAUCUGUGGACGCCAUAUGUGCCGACGCUUCAGACAGCCUAGUUUGGAGAGUGUUUGUGAAGCCUGAGGGCGUUGAACAGUCCUUCUCAGAGAGUCUGUUCCUGGAGCUGGCACCGGAGAAGCACAACAACUCCAGAUCCAUCUCCUUCUCUUUUCCACCAGAUGUGGUACCAGGCAGCCAGAAGGCAUAUGUGGCACUGGUUGGUGAUAUCUUGGCCUUGUCCUUCAGCAACUUGGAUUUGCUGGUUCAGAUGCCUGUUGGUUGUGGGGAGCAGAACAUGAUCCACUUUGCUCCGAGCCUUUAUGUUCUCCAGUACCUGGAAAAGUCAACCCUGGAUGAUAAGGAGAUCAGGAGCAGGACUCUGAGUUAUAUGAUGGAGGGAUAUCAGAGGCAACUGUCCUACCAACGAGACGAUGGAUCCUUCAGUGCUUUUGGAGCCAGCGACACCUCUGGGAGCACAUGGCUGACAGCCUUUGUGCUGCGGUGCUUCCUCCAGGCUCAGCCCUACAUGCAGGUAGACCAGAGCGUCCUGAUCAGAGCCAUGACUUGGCUCUUGAAACACCAGGGCUCUCGGGGAGAGUUCAGCGAGGUCGGGACUUUGAUCCACACAGAGAUGCAGGGAGGACUGGAUAAUGAUCCAGUUGCACUCACUGCUUAUGUUCUGAUUGCACUGCUGGAGGACGAGACCUAUGCGGAAAUGCACCGAGGCAAUGUGUCCCUGGCCCAGAGAUACCUGGAGAACAAAGUGUCCAGUGGGGUGGUCAGCAACUACAGCCUGUGCCUGGUGGCAUAUGCUUUAGCUCUGGCCAACAGUCCUGAGGCUGGCACUGCCCUGUCUGAGCUCAUGGGGAGAGCUGACUACACAGAUGGAGUUACGACAUGGGGAUCCUCAGCUGGCCUGACAUCACAUGACUGGCAGCCUCGCUCCGCACAGAUCGAGAUGGCCUCUUAUGUGCUGCUGGCUUUUUUUAGGCGUGGCAGCCUCGUUGAGGGCAUUUCACUCCUGAAGUGGUUAAGCAAGCAGAGAAAUCAUCUAGGAGGCUACGGGACAACACAGGACACAGUGGUUGCCCUCCAGGCUCUAUCUUACUACGCUGCAUUCAGUGGUGCCAACGCCAUUGACCUCAGGCUUAAAGUAUCUGCCCCAGCAGAUUCAUUUGUGUCUCUGUUUAGUAUCAACUCCACUACCUAUCGGGUGUAUCAAAGCCAAGAGCUGAAUGCUGACAAAGAUCUACACCUAAAUAUACACAUGGAAGGAAGAGGAUUUGCCAUAUUUCAGAUGAAUGUCUUUUACAAUGUGGAGAGCAAAGCGUUGUCACAGAACCUCCAGCACACCUCAGACGAGGAGGCUUUCACAUUACAUGCUGACGUCACUGAAGACGGAGACCACAAUCACAUGCUGCUGUCUAUAUGCACGAGAUUAAAGGACGGUCAGGUGAUAAAUCGUACAGGAAUGGUUAUACUGGAUGUGGGCAUGCUUAGUGGUUUCAGGCUGUCUCCUGGAGCUUCUGCCCCAACAGAUCUUAUCAGGAGGGUGGAGAUCCUGCCUGAGAAAGUUAGCCUGUACCUUAAAUCACUUAACAAGUCAGAGGUUUGCAUCAUACUUCCCAUCAUCAGAGACUACAAAGUGGCCCGUGUACAGGAUGCGGUCGUGCAGGUCUACGACUACUAUGAACCUACAAGAAAAGCAGCAAGGACAUACAAUUCAGAUUUUCUUCACAACAUGGACUCCUGCUUCUUCUGUGGUACAAACUGUGAUCGCUGUAGGCCAGGAAUCACCAUUACAGUUUCCACCACCCUCUCAUCCGACUCAGUAAGCAGCAGCACCUACAGCUUCAGUAGCUUAUUUCUUGGUAUCAUUGUUUAUUUUAUUGUAGCCUGA